AUGAAAGAGGAAGAGGGGGAGGCCGAAGCCGAAAUGGCGGCGGCGCUACAGGCUCAAAUCCGAAACCUGGAGCAAGCGGAGCUGUCCCAGAUGCGGCAAGGUGCGCAGCUUCAAGUUCGCCUGGAAGCAGCGCAGCAGCAGCUGCAGGAGUUGGCAAAAGGCGCCGAGGCUCAGCGCCAAGCGCAGGUGGAGCAUCUUCAAGCCGAAGAAGCCGAGGCUGUGCGCAGCCUGCAAGGCGAGCUCCAACUGCAGCUGGAAGCUCUCCUUCGACGAGAAAAGGAGGCAGAGGCGCGCCAGCGCAAGGAGGCAGCGCGCACCCAGCGGUCCGAGGAGAAAAGUGCCGCGCCCCGUUGGGGCUACCUUCGCGAGUGGUGCUUUGUGCGAGUUCUGACCUCUGACAGCUGUUGCCAACGUCUCAUCGACGUUGGUAGCGGAGCUCAGAUCUGGGAGCUCAGACUGGUGCUUCCCUGGGAGUACCUGAUCAUCCCGAAGACCGAGGACAGUCGUUUUACUUGUGGAUGGGACGGCGACAGCAGCACGUGGCCUGAUUUCGUGAGGAAGGCCCGUUUGGCGUUUGAAAGGACCCCUCGGAAGCGGCGACAUUUGCUAGGCCCUGAUAUCCUCACUCAACUGAGUGGGAGGGCAUGGAUUGUGACUCAGGAGAUUGACCACUCCCAGCUGGUCCGCCGAAAUGGAGUCAUCUACUUGCUUCAGUUCUUGGAGACCCGACUUGGGCCUGGAGUGGUGCACGAUGUCGGCACCCGCUUGGAGAACUUGAUCUUGCGGCUCCGUCGGCCAGCUGGGCAGAGCUUCUCAACCUGGGCUUCUCGCUUGCGGGAGGCCUAUCGACAACUCCAGCAGGCGCUGGGACGUGUGCGGAAGACCCAGCCGGCACCUACCUCUGGGUUCAGUCCGAAGUCUUCUGGGACACGCGGAUCACCGGCGAGAGCUUCUGGCGAAAGGAGUUCGGCGACCAUGGAAGAGCCCCACGGCGAGGCGGACACCGAGAAUCUGGAGACGGAGACCCUCCCUGGCGAGGGCCCGGCCGUGGAGGAGGACGAUGUCGUGCAGGUGGAGUCCCCGAGAAUCUCACCGACUCGCUCGAGGACACCCUUUACCACGCGUGAUGCACAAACUUCUAUGUCUGCAUGGAGAAAAGGGGGCCGGAAAGACAAGGACAGUGACAGUGAUACUUCCCAGCAUGCGCUUCAGGACCUUAAGCUUUGGGAAUCCUACAAUGAGGUCUUGGAAGAAGCCCUUCCUUCGGAGUUGCUGGGAUGGCUGCUACUGAGGCGAGCUGGACUGUCCAACUCGGCUCGCUUGAAUAUCCAGGCGGCAGCAGGAAAUUCCCUACGCCUGGACUCCAUCGAGGCCGCGAUGAGGGCCAUGGAAGAUGAGCUACUUGGACAAGAAGUUCAUCAUCGUGGUCAUGGAGGAGGCCCCCGACGAAGGACUUUCUGGGUUGAGGACCAAGGGCAUUGGUCCAUGCUUCUCAUGGACGAGGAGGACAUGACCGAGAUCCUGGAGACCACCGAGGUCCACUACUAUGGAGAGGAUCACUCCCUGGACGAGGACCAGAGCGCGGAGGAUUACUGGGCUCCCGAGUUUGAUGAGGGCACGACAUGGUGGGGUGAUGCAGAAUGGCAGGACGACCCCAGCUCGCAAUUGUCUCCGGAGGAGCUGAAGGAAGUGGAAGAGGCCUAUGCCAUGGCGGACGGAAAGCUGCGGAACUUUGUUCAGGCGAAACAGGCAGUGAAAGCGCAGCGGUUGUCAAGAGGCUUCUAUCCUUUUCAGCCGUCCUCCAAGGGCAAGAAAGGAAAGGGAAAGGGGAAAGGAAAGAAAGGCAAACGGCCUUUCCUACCUAGCCCCAGCUCGCCAGCAAGUGCUACCUCGCUUCCGGUGAUGCAAGUGGACUCAGUUUAUGCGAUGAGGCCGGGAGACCAGUCUUACACCGGCUGCUUCAUCUGUGGAGAUAAGAACCACACCUUCCGUGAGUGCCCUCGACGGAAAGGAAAAGGCCGCGGCUCAGUGAACUUCAACGCGGCGGGCGUCUUCAUGCUCUCCGAGCCCGAGGUCCUUGAGACUCCCGAGGUGAAGGACAUCAGCCUUGAGGAGUCCGUGAUGAUGAUCAGCAGCCUCGAGCCAGAGGUCAUUGAGCACCUCCCGGGAGACCUCGAGGAGACUGUGCUUCUGCAGGAGAGACAGACGUCAGUUGAUCUUGCAGGGUUUGCGGUGUUAGAUUCUGGAGCGACUGAAACAGUGUGUAGUCUACCUGCCCUAGAAGCCCUGAUGAUCGCCCGGAGACAAUCCACUGGAAGGAGCGACCAGGUGCAGGUGACUGAUGAACCUCCGAAGCGUUUCAAGUUCGGGAAUGGAGCGCAUGGUUAUUCAGCUUCUCAUGUUCUUUUGCCGCAAAGAUUGGGAGAGUUGUGUGUGAACCUUGGAGUCUUCACGUUGGACGUACAGGGUGUACCGUUGCUUAUUGGAGUGAAAACGUUGAGGAGAUUGCAUGCUGUGCUCGACUUCCACCGUGAUGUGAUUGUGUUUGGUGCAGUUGAUCCCUCAAAAGGGGUUCCCCUCAGGCGAUCUCGUACCGGCCACCUUCUGCUGGACUUGAGAGAGGAUUGGAUGUCUCAAGCAUUUGACUUGCUUCAGCCAAGGGCUGGAGCCGUACUGCUAGCGCAGCCUGAGAAAACCGAGUCUGUCUUUAUGAUCGACGGAGGUGUGCAGUCUGAUCAAGAGCAGGUUGAGUGCCAGUCAGUGCAUGAGACAGGUCAUGGAAUAGCCGUUGCGCAGAGUGAGCCUCAUGCUGUUGAAGGUGCUUGCGAAUCUGAUAGAGAUCCUGCCCCUCCUUCUCAUGAGUGUCAACAUGAAGCGAACCCGAAUGCCGUGGCCCAAGAUCGAAGCCGAGAGCUUCCAGUGAUGCGACCUUUUGGUAUCUUAGUGACUCUCCUUGCUUCUCAUGGCCACGUCUUCGGAGCUGCCGGCGACCACCGUGAGCAGUGGGGAACUCAAUUCGAAGGGGGCCGACAGCAAAGGGCGGAUCCUCGGGAUCCCCGCUACGCGGGAGCCCCAUGCUUCAGCCACCAUGUCCCGGAGCCGCCGGGGAAAGGAUCACGGAGCGGUGCGAAUCAGCACGGCCAAUGGGUGCACUGCAAGACAUGCGGCCUACGCCUGUCGUACACCCCCCGAGUGGGGAAGCACGGACUCCGGCGAUCCCCUGGCCCACUGCCGGAGGACACGUCUCAAGCAGUCAAGGGGGAGCUUCCGGAUGUGGCAGUGGAAAAUCUCCGAGACAAGGAGAUCGGAUGGGCUGCUGCGGAGAAGUCCGCGGAGAAGCAUUUGGCCCAGGUCCGUGCCCAGCGUCAAGCAGCCGUUGCAAAGACCCGUGGAGCAGCUCCCAAGGCAUUGGCGCGAUCGACGGCGGCGACACCCAACGGCUACCCGGACUCCCAUGCGACGCAAUCAUCGGCUCCAACGACCCCGUCCGAGACCAUCGUGGUGACCGACAGCGAGAACCUCUCCGCGACUCCCGGGCGAAAGGCGCCCAGAUCCCACGAGAUGCCAGCCGAGACCCAAGAGUACGAGAGCCGCGGAAAGUGA